AUGGGUCAGAAAAUGACAGGCCUUUAUGAUUAUUUGUUUUAUGAAUUAGCUAAUUACUUGAGUAAAAAUACCCCCCCCUCCAAAAAAAAGGGCAUCAUAAUAAAAUAUCAAGUGCUCAACACACCAAAAUAUAUUGUUUUGUUUUUGGUUUUUCAGUGUAAUGUAUUUGUUCUUGAACUACCACUGCAAAUCAGUUUAUCUACUCAAAAGUGGAAAAGAAAGAAAGAAAGAAAAAGAAAAAAGGGGGGAAAAAAGUUUUUUGAAGUAGCAAAUUCUCAUUCUUAA